AUGGCAGCUCCUGUACAGCUGGCUCAGGCCACCAAUGCCGUUGGCGUCUUUCCCCAACUGAUUGCCAAGCAAACAGAAACCCUAAUCCUGAAGGAGAGGAUGCUCUCCCUCACUGGCGACUGUUUCGACAUUAAGCUUGCAAACGGCCAGCCAAUCUUCAAAGUGCAAGGCAAGGUCAUGUCCAUUUCCGGGCGCAAGUCUGUCUUUGACAUGGCGGGGACCCAUCUUUUCGACAUCGUCAAGGAACACUUCCAUAUUCACACUACGUUCGCCGCGAUCGACCCCUCAGACAGGAAGAUAAUGGAAGUCAAGAGUAGCUUCGCACUUCUCGGCUCUAAGGCGACGGCGACUUUCAUUUCACCUAGUACUGGCAAGAGCGAAUCUCUCCAAAUGAAAGGAAACUGGAUGUCAACACAAGCGGACAUUGUCGACACCAGCACCGGCCAGGUGGUCGCACGAAUUGACCGUAACAUGCUCAGGGUGCGUGACAUUAUUGGAGGAAAACAAACGUAUUCUCUUACAGUGGCUCCCGGCAUGGACAUGGCGUUGAUGGCGGCUAUGUGUAUUUGCUUAGAUGAGAAGAAGAACGACAAGGGGGGUCUGUUCCUUUGA